GGAUGUAAAUGACUGCUCUUUAUAUCCUCAUCCCCUGUGCAAAAUAAUUACCUGCUUUUCAUCUUUCAGUACAAUGCUACAUUGGCCAAAAUGAAAGUCGUCACUGUUUUAUCUGGUCUGCUGUCUCAAGUCAACCCAUUGAUAUGUGUGUACGCCAUUGCUAUAUACACAUUCACUUUGGUCACAUAUAGACUAUAUUUUAGUCCUUUGGCUAAAUUUCCUGGUCCAAAGUUGACAGCUGCGACUGAAUGGUAUGAAAUUUACUAUCAGCUUGUGAAAGGUGGACAGUUCUUUCGAAAACUUCCGGAAUGGCAUGAAAAAUAUGGCCCAAUUGUUCGUAUCAAUCCUACAGAGCUCCAUAUCAGUGAUCCUGAGUUCUAUGAUACAAUAUAUACUACCGAUAGACGCGACAAGCUGCCUCUUCAUUCCUCCCUUCCUACCGUCCCGUUAUCUGGUCAAUCCACCCUAGAUCACUUCCUUCAUCGAAAACGACGUGCCGCGCUCAAUCCUUUUUUCUCUAAACCUAACAUUCAAAAAUUUGUUCCAUUCAUACAAACCCGUGUCGACACUUUGGUCAAUCGUAUUAAUACCGAAUACAAAGGAACCAAUAAGAUUCUUGAUCUUGGAGAUGUUUUUUCUUGUUAUACAACAGAUGUGGUGAUGGAAUGUAGUUUUGGUACUAACUACAAUUUUUGCGAAAAAGGAGAGUUUACCUCGGAUUUUAUGGUGGCUGUCGCCGGUAUGCUAUCUAUAGUGCACUGGACAGAGCACUUUCCGAGUAUAGCAUGGUUGAUGAACAUGGUGCUUGCUUUACCAUACAGCGUGCUGAGGAAGAUUGUGCCUCAAAAAUCAAUGCCUGUUUUGGAGUGGCUCGAGGAUCUUAGACAUGAAUUGAGGGCAGUUAUGUAUGGAACCAAGGAGAAGAACGAUGCCUCACGGCCAAACAUAUUUCACGAGAUCAUAGAAUCCAAUCUUCCUCCUGAGGAGAAAUCAGAGCAGAGGCUUCAUCAAGAAGCACAAGUAGUGGUCGGUGCCGGUGUUGAAACGACAAAGUGGACGCUAGCAGUCGCAAUGUUCCAUCUCCUUGACAAACCAGAACUUCUCUCCAAACUAAGAGUUGAAAUACUUGAAGUCUUUCCAGAUCCCUCCUCUCCACCUUCACUAACGACCCUUGAAAAACUGCCCUAUUUAAUUGCAGUCUGCCAAGAAGCAAUUCGUCUUUCUAUGGGACCAGUUCAACACCUUCCACGAUUCGCAUACAAACCCCUCCCAUAUACAGACCCAGCAACAGGACACACGUACACAAUUCCCGCCGGUACUCCAAUAUCCUGUGCUACACCAAUCAUCCAUUACAACGAAGCACUCUUCCCAUCCUCUCAUUCUUUCAUCCCCGAAAGAUGGCUCCCAGAUCCAAUCACCGGACUACCACCCAAAGUCACAAUCCCUUCAGGAGAAGAAAAGCCUCUAACAAAAUAUCUCGUCAGCUUUUCGAAAGGUAGUAGACAAUGCUUAGGAAUGAAUCUAGCUUAUGCGGAGCUAUAUAUUGCGCUUGCGAGUUUUGUCCGGAGAUGCGAGUUUGAGUUGUGGGAAACGAACCAGGAAGCGGUGGAGAUUUGGUCGGAAUAUCUUAUUAAUGUUCCCAAACCGGGGACGGGAAUUAGAGUGAAAGUUCUUUGAUAGGAUGGGAAGGGAUGAGGUGAAAGAGUGGCGGAUGUUAAUUAUGUGUAUGUGGAGUGUUGAUAAUUAACUAUUGGUGGAGGUUGACAUGUAUGAUUUGCGAUUCUUCUGGAUUGUGAUACGGUAUCGGUUAGACAACCUGAAUCUACAAGCUGAACCUACGUCAGGACUCUAUAUUAUAGAUUGACGAGCCAUAAAUCCAUAGUUCGUUUCGCGCCCUUCAUACAUAAUAAUUCCCACAACAAAAAAGACCUGCCGGUUUGUCGUUUCCCCUGAAUAAAUCAGAUCACUGAAGCGAUUAUAGCUGUAAAAAUUUUUUGCCAUCGUCAUGGAGAUAGAUGUGCUUAACAGGGGACUAUUAACUCAUCAAUUCCAUUGGUUAAAAGCUCCUGCAAUACUCGCACACUCUGCACACACGACCAGCGAGCCUCGAUCACAUUCUGCUCCAUCUGAAGCACAAAUGAGACAUGAUCACG